UUGUAUAUGAAAACUAAAAAUAUAGGUAAAUAUCCUGGCGCGCAUGGUAGGUACUAUAUUAAUAGGUACUUAUACUACCUAAUUAUUAAACUAUAAUAACGUCUAGGGAAUGUAUGGUCAAAACGUACUCGAGAAAUACUCGAGAAAAAAGCUAUUCUAUGCGGGUUUUUUGGUCAAAAUCAGCCAAAUAUUUAUUAUGUUUCUUAAGAUAUGCAGAGCAUCAGGAUUAAAUGCUUUAACUUAAUUUUUUCGAGUUGCUCAGUUGCUAAUAUUAAAGUGUAGCCGUGAAGGUCUAUUAUAAUAGACUAAUCAAUUUAUAAAUUUAUAUAGUUGCUGAACACUCUGUUAGUUCAUAUUCGGAUGAGUCGGAAGAUGUGUUUAACUAAUUUAUAUUAUUUUAAAUAAAUAAAUAUAUUAAGGGGCCCGAUGCCGGUUUUUCAAAUUUUCCGCAAUUCUAAAAAUGUUGAAAUUAUACUUUAUAUUUUAGUUGCCACCUUUUUUAAUAUUUAUACAUCAAUCUACUGCCCGAUAACUAUUUAUGUGGGGUAGAUACUGCGUAUUAUAUCUAACAAAAAUUACUUCUCAGCUCACGGCUCACAGGAAUUGGCUCAGGUAUUGUAGAAUUGUCAGAAAAAAAGGCUUUCUAUAGGUCACACUGAACUCUGAUUUUUAUUUUAUUUCAAAUAAUGGUAAUGGACAAUGGUACAAUAUAUAUAAUUAUCAAUUUGUAGAAAAAGCGUUAAAUUGUAUUUUUUUUUUUGAAGACAACAUUAUAAUCUUUGAGAUUAAAAUAUUGAAAAAUGGAUUUCAAUGCGACAUGAAGAAUAUUAAUCUCUAUUAGUUACAAAAAAAUGUAUCAAAUUUGGUAGAUUCUACAGAACAGGUCACAGGAUCACCUAUACAUUAUUUGGAAUGUUUGUAAAAAAUCUUAAUAACCAAUUACUUCUAAAGAUCUGUCUGAUAUUUAUAGGUAUAGCAUAAUAUAUCUAACCAAUUAGUAUAAGUAUAAUUAAGACGCUAAAUAAUUGCAUACACUAUCCCACUCAUUCAUUGCGGUUUUCUUUAUGUUAUUGACAUAAUAUUACAUUUUGUUCACACGAAAACAAUAUUUAAUAUUGUGAUUCACUCUGUCCUCUUGUCUUAUAAAUAAGUAUUCAUUUUUAUUUUUUACAAUAAUUUAUUUAUUACCUAUUUCUAUAAUUAAAUAAAUUUGCAAUAAUCAAUCUGUCGAAUAAUGACUUCUAAGUUCUAAGGUUAUAAUAAUUUAUAUUUUAUAAUGUUAUCUUCAUGGACUUCGUCUCGAUAAUCUAUCCUCUCCCGGCGGCAGCAUGUACACCCGCCCGUGACAAAUAAAAUUAUCUUAUUUGUCAUGCACCCGCCACCCACGACUGGCUGACCUUACAAAAAUAGAUUAAUUAUAACAUAGAGCAUGCUGCUAUAUCAUUAUAUAGAUUAGAAUAUUAGAUAGAGCCAUAGAAUAAUAGUUCAAACUUCAAAAUAUAGCUCCGAGUGUAUCUUAUAAACAAUCACUGUCAACGAUGUAUGUAUAGACAAUGAUAGAUUCUUUACACAUCUAAACUAAAAAUAACAGCAAUUCGUCAUACCGCCAUAACGGUCUGGCCCCGACUUUCGCGUCUUUUGUCCUCGGGGUUUCAAUUUUCGCACUCGUCUUUUAAACUGCAGAAGAAAAAAUUUGGCCUACUAUGUAUCCACACCGUAAUCCGGUCUUGGGAACCGUUUAUCUUGACGAACCCGACUACUCGUCCGAAGAUUCCGAUGAACCGAUGCCCAGGUUGUACGUCUCAUUGAUUCGUUUCUGUCCGUACACGGAAAGGAUUCGUAUAAUAUUAAGCAUAAAGGGAAAUCCAGCCCGUAUGCUAAAAUGUAUUGAUUCAAUAGAUAAUCCCGGUGACUUCUUAAAAAGGAAUCAUGUUUGUAAAAUUCCCUAUAUAAAGUAUGAUGACAAAGUUAUCUAUGAUAGCUUGGAGCAAGCAGAUUUCCUUGACGAACAGUACCCUGAACUACCAUUGUGGAAUUGCAGUCCAUCCCAGAAAAUUGUGGACAAGCUUCUCAUAGAGUCUUUUGCUAAAGUAGAAACAGCGGUACAUAAGUUAUUUAUGACAACAAGAGAAGUAAAAAAAGAAAAUUUUGAAGAACUUGUUGCAUGUUUAACACCAUUUGAAGUUGAACUAGUUAAACGAGGAACAAAUUUUUUUGGAGGCAAGUUAAUAAAUUCAAAUCAUUAAGCAUACUUUUUAGUUUUGAAAAUUGAUGAAGACAAUUUGAGAGCAUAUAAUUAAUUGUUGGUACCUACCUGUUCAGUAUGAUUUUUAAGAGUAAUAAUAUUAGUUCAAUAUGGACUUGCGAUUAACAGAACUAUAUACC